CACAUUUACAAUUCAUGACCGUAAGUGGACCGGUGCAUAUAACCGUCUGUCUUAGUAUAUAAGGUAGACGUUUUGAUGCAGACUUCACUUUCCGAUUCACACUCUCCUGGUAAACCUAUUCUGAUCCGUAGAAAAAUUCAAAUAAACCAUGAAGGUACUUGCUGUCAUCAUUGUCUGCCUUGUUGCCAUAACAAGAACGCACGGUUUUGGAAUUGGUUUCCCUCCUUUCGGUGGCAUCGGCAAUCCUCAUUUCGGCCUAGGGUUUCCCCACUUCGGCCUUAGAAUUCCCGGCUUUGGUCUUGGGAUGCACCCCUUCGGUCUUGGGAUUCCUCCUCUCGGAUAUGGAAUUUCCCCUUACGGACUUGGUGUUUCCCCUUACGGACUUGGUGUUUCCCCUCUUGGUCUCGGCUCAGGGCUCCCCAACCAAGGAUUAGUCCAUCCAGGGUUACAGGGCGCUGGUGCCAUUCAAUCCAAUGGUAAUGGUCCAGUGUAUGUUGAUCUCGACGCUAAUGCUGCUGCUGCCCCCUCUGCUGCUGCUCCCACGACUUUUGCCGCAACUGAUGUUGCUCCGGCAGGACCUGCUGUAUAUGACCCCACCUACAUGAUACUCUAAAUGAACAGAAACAGUGUCUUAGUUCGGGAUGAAACAAAAUCAGGGCUAUCCAUUCUGGUUCAGCCAGUUUUGCAUUGAUAGUGUUGGUGUCAGAUACUGUCAGUAUUGCUUCAAGCAGUUGUGUCUUCAAAGUUGACAUGUUUUGCAUCCUAAACAAAGAUGUUUGGGAUGUUAUCGCUUAUAUGUAUAACUGUUAAUAAAUAUCCUUACAGUA